AUGAGCACCAGCUACAGCUUCAAGAAGAGAACUAAGUGUUCUAGCAGCAGUGGUGGUGGCGGAGAUGGUGGUGGGAGCAGUGGUGGAAGACUUUGUACUGGUAGCAGCGGUGGAGGAAGGUCCUCUUCGGUCUCCUCUAGGAGGUGCACCUCCUCUGUGGGCAGUAGCCAAGGGUUUUCCAGUGGAAGUUAUGGAGGAGGAAUAGCCAGAUGUAAUUCUGGAGGGGGGAUAUGCCACAAUAUAUCUGGAGGAUUUAGUGGUGGUAGCUUUGGUGGUGGCUUUGGAGGAGGUGGUUUUGGUGGUGAGGAUGCUGGAUUGCUCUCUGGCAAUGAGAAGGUUACCAUGCAGAACCUCAAUGACCGCUUGGCUUGUUAUAUGGACAAGGUUCGAAGCUUGGAAGCAGAAAACAAUCAGUUUGAGCACUUAAUCAAAGAGUGGUACCAGAAGCAUGGCCAGAGUACUUCACCGAAGGACUACAGCUGUUAUUACAGUGAGAUUGACAAGCUCAUUGAUGAGUUGAUUUAUGAGGCAAUGGCGACGAACAAGGUCAUGUUGGACAUGGAUAACACGAAGAUGGCAAUUGAUGACUUUAAGAUGAAAUACGAGACUGAAUGUGGCCUGCGUCAGAGUGUGGAGGCUGAUCUUAAUGGAUUACGUCCACUUUUGGAUAAGCUGACUUUGGAUAAGUCUGACCUGGAAAUGCAAUUUGAGUCUCUGCAGGAUGAACUGAUUCAUCUCAAGAAGAACCAUGAUGAGAUAAAGAAAAGUGCACAAUCCCAGUCUGCUGGGGAUGUUACUGUGGAGGUAAAUUCAAGUUCUGGCCCAGAUCUAAAAAAGCAACUGGAUGAGAUGAGGUGUGAAUAUGAACAGAUCAUUGAGGAUAACCGGAGGGAAGUUGAAGGAUGGUAUGAAACCAAGAUGGAGGAGGUUCGGCAGCAAGUGAAUUCAAGCUGCCAGGAAAUUGACUGCAGCCAGAAGGAACUUGGGGAACUCAGACGGGAAUAUCAAACCCUGGAGAUCGAACUGCAGUCUCACCUCAGCAUGCUCCAGUCUCUGCAAAACAACUUGAGUGACAUGGAAAGCCGCUACAACAUGCAGUUGCAACAGAUUGUGGGCCAGAUUGAUCCAGUGGAAGCAGAGCUGGCAGGAAUCAAGUGUGAGAUUCAGCAACAGAACCAGGAGUAUCAGACGCUUCUUGGCAUUAAGACCCGUCUGGAGCAGGAGAUCUGUCAAUACCACCAGUUGCUUGAGGAGGGGAAGCACCUUGCAUCCUGCAUACCACAUGGAGGAGGUUCUGGAGGAAGUGGAGGUGGUAGGAGUUCUGGAGGAAAAGGGGCAGGGACAGGAGCUGGAGGAGGAGAAGGAAGAGGUGGUGGCUCCUGCCAGUCAUCCCCCUCAUCUCAGAGCAUAUGUGCAUCGCAUCGCAGCCACUCGCCAUCCCCGUGUCAGCCUUCACCCACCCCAUCUCAGUCUGGAUCUGGUAGCUGCUUUGGUCACUCACGAAAGCACUAAGUCUCCACAGACACCUUUUCCAAUAAAUCCUGUCAAGUAAAACUACUGCUGAUCUAAGAUCUUCCAUUACACAGACAGCAAGAAGAAACGCUUUCCCCCCAGUUCACAGAUUGGUCUGUUACCAUAAUAAUGGUGAUAAUGGGGAUAAUAAUGGCAUACUUUGUAAACCGCUCUGAGGGGGCAUCAAGUUGUCCUGAAGGGCGGUAUAUAAAUUGAAUGUUAUUAUUAUUUAUUAUUAUAUGUUUAAAGGGGAAAAUCCCACAUACAUGCUCUCCCAACAUUUGUGAAAGGAAACUAGACCAGCUUAAUUCACAUGAUGUGAAACAGUCUAAGGAGCAAACAAAAAUAAUUUUUAAAAAUCUUAACUCUGUAGAUCAAUUUUGAGAAAUAUUUUUGGAAGGAUAUGCAGACGAAUCCUCCUUCUUGCCUCUGGUGUUAUCUGUCUUUUCAGUUCUCCAUGCUCCAUCUAAUCUUUACUGUGCUUGCAUCUCUAAUAAAACUUUACUUCUGC